AUGAAGAUCCGAACAAUUAAGCUCCGAGAAGUUCACAAGAGCGAAAAUGGAGAGAGCUCUUUUUGUUCCAUUUUAUGGGACCAUAGUGGUCAGCAUAUUGUCACGGCUUCAUCCUCCGAUAAUUCAAUCUGUAUUCACGAUGCCCUUUUGCCUUCGAACGCUCCUAAAAUUCUUCGGAAUCACCGAGAAGGUGUCACUGCCUUGGCAAUUAGCCCUAAUUCCACCUGCCUUGCUUCUGGAUCUGUUGACCAUUCCGUCAAGCUCUACAAAUUCCCUGGGGGAGAUUUUGAGACCAAUAUCACCAGAUUUACAUUGCCACUUCGUGCCCUUUCUUUUAACAAAUCUGGCACCAUGUUGGCAGCUGCUGGCGAUGAUGAGGGCAUUAAACUUGUUAACACAGUUGAUGGAACAAUUGCAAGAGUUCUAAAAGGACAUAAAGGAUCUGUCACGAGCUUAGCUUUUGAUCCUAAAGGUGAAUAUUUGGCUUCACUUGAUUCCGUUGGAACCAUUAUUUUCUGGGAACUUCAAUCUGGAAAUACAAUUCAUGUCCUCAAAGGCCUAGCUCCUAACAAUGGAUCUGAUAUUUCGGUUAUGAACAUACUUGGGUGGAGUCCUGAUGGAGAGAUGUUAGCCGUUCCAGGUUUGAAAAAUGAUGUGGUGAUGUAUGAUAGAGACACUGCUGAAAAGCUAUUUUCUCUUAGAGGUGAUCAUUCGGAACCUAUUUGCUUCUUGUCUUGGUCACCUAAUGGUAAAUAUAUGGCUACAUCUAGUGUGGACAGGCAGGUUCUUAUAUGGGAUGUUGAUAAGAAGCAGGAUAUUGAGAGGCAGAAAUUUAAUGAUUGCAUUUCUUGUAUGUCAUGGAAGCCUCAUGGCAAUGCAUUGGCAGUUAUUGAUGUUAUAGGAAAGUAUGGCUUAUGGGAAUCGGCGGUGCCGUCCUCAAUGAGAUCUCCAACAGAGGAUAUUCCUAGUUUACGUUCAAGUGGCUUUGUCUUGUUUGACAAUGAAGAAGAACCUGGUUCAUCAGGUAGUUUGGGAGAUCUCAAUGAAGACAGCCAUGGUGAAUCAGAGCCACCUAGCAGAAAAAGAUUACGUAAACAGUCUAUAUAUGAUAAUGAUUGGGAAGAAGACGUUACCGAUGAGUUGGAAUCUACAAGGAAGGUUGAAUCUCGUAAAAAGCCUUCAAAUGGUCACAAAAAUGACCUUUAUAAUGUAAAGAACGGAGUAAAAAACACAAUCGCAACUGCAGGGCCAAAAAUGCAAGAAGCUUUUCAACCUGGAGCUACUCCUGCUCAACCUGGAAAGAGGCACUUUCUCUGCUACAAUAUGCUUGGAAGUAUAACCACAAUGGUGCAUGAUGGGUACUCCCAUAUAGAGACAGAUUUUCAUGAUACGAGUACUGGUCCACGAAUUCCUGCCAUGACUGAUUAUUUUGGUUUCACAAUGGCUGCUUUAAAUGAGAAUGGAAGUGUAUUUGCCAAUCCAGGCAAGGGUGAGAAAAAUAUGAGCACACUCAUGUAUUGCCCGUUCAGUACCUGGGCAAAUAACAGUGAGUGGUCUAUGCGUUUUGAAGACGAAGAAGUUAGAGCAUUAGCACUUGGCAGUGGUUGGAUUGCUGCUGUUACAAGCCAUCAUUUUCUUCGCAUCUUCACUGAGGGUGGCUUGCAGAGGUACAUUCUCUCCCUUGAUGGGCCGGUGGUUACUGCAGUAGGCGUCAAGAAUGAACUUGCAGUUGUCACUCAUGCUUCUCCUUCUCUUCCCUCGGAUGAUCAGAUGCUUGAGUUUAGAGUGUUCAACAUCCAUAAUGGGACUCAAUCUCUUAGAGGACGGCUACCUCUGACUCCUGGUUCAUGUUUGACAUGGUUCGGUUUCAGCGAGGAAGGCUUACUAAGUUCUUUCGAUUCUAAGGGGGUCUUGAGGGUCUUCACAAAUCAAUUUGGAGGUAGUUGGAUGCCACUCUUCAGUUCCAGUAAGCUAAACAAGGCAGGUGAGAACUAUUGGGUUGUUGGACUGAAUGCAAACAAGUUAUUUUGCAUUGUUUGCAAGUCUCCUGAAUCCUUCCCACAGGCAACUUCCAAGCCUGUCCUCACCUUGCUUGACCUUUCCUUCCCUCUUGCUUCAUCUGAUCUUGGAGCGGAUAGCCUUGAGAAUGAAUUUAUGAUGGACAACAUGCAUCUGUGCCGGAUUCAGAAAAGAAUAGAAGAAAUGGUAGCUGCUGGUCAUUACAACAGCUCACUUGAAGACAUGGCUUUCAACUUGGAAGCUUCUCUAGACAGAUGCAUCUUGAGGCUCAUUGCAUCUUGCUGCAAUGGUGACAAGCUUGUGAGAGCCACCGAACUAGUAAAACUUCUUUCACUAGAAAAAUCAGUCAAAGGAGCUAUAAAGCUUGUAACAGCACUGAAACUACCAAAUUUGGCGGAGCGCUUCAAUGACAUAUUGGAGGAAAGGUUGUCUAGUGAAACUGACGGAAAAACAGCCCUCCCUCAAAUGACCUCCCGCUCUGAUGGCAUCACGAAAACUGCUAAUGCCAUUGACAAGUCUUUUACUGCACCAGAAUGUAGUAAAACAUCAAAUAAAGCUUCAUCUCAAACACAAGCGUUCUCAACCUCCUCUUUCUUUACAAAAAAUGGGAUUGUUGAGGAACCGAUUGAAUAUAAAGAUGAAAAACUUGAAGAAACUCGAACAACAAAAUUAGAAAAGGCUGUUGAUGUAAAGAGCAAAUUGAAGAAUGCUAAGGAAGUAAAGACUGUCGAAGAGACAAAGAAGAUCAAGGCUGUAGAUCAAGUGACAUUUAAUCGCCCAUCUAAUCCUUUUGCAAAGUCUUCAAGCAAGCAAGAAAUUACAUCUUUGUUUGAUUCUCUCAAGAAUAUGAAGAAGGCUGACAUCAAAGGUAAAACAUAA